UUUGUGAAGUGUGAGCGAUUUUCUACCAGAUGGAAGCACAACAAACUUCCUUGCGCUAUCGUUGAUUGAGUCCCGAGAUAUUCAUUCUCGUAACCUGCUCCUUCGCGAAAGAUACAUUGAAACUUACAGAAGAUGGCAAGUUUCAUGGUUAAAACUAUUAAUCUAACAAAAGCUGGUAUUAAGAAAGCAAUACCUGUACUCAAUGUAUGGAAGCAGUAUGCUAUGGUGGAACUAACACCACCAUCGCCAAGGGACAUUCCUGCAAUUCGUAAUGGUUUUGCAAAAUUGGUUGAAGGAGCAAAGACUGGUCGUUUUCGUGAAGUCACUGUACGUGAAGCUGUCAUAAAUACUUUAGUAACUAUCGAGGUGUACUGCUGGUUCUAUGUUGGGGAAUGUAUUGGAAAGCGACAUUUUGUUGGAUACGAUGUAUAAAUAUGUCGCAUAUUUCAUCUCCCAGAUAGAUAUAAUUCUGUAUAACUUAUAGUCCUCGUAAAUAUACAAAUAUAGAUUAUA